AAUGGACAAGGCACAAUAAGUACAUACAAAGUCAAGCUUCAAAGUUCAUAGUUACAUAACGACUCCAAGUGGGAACCAAUAGGAUUCUUAAUACCCUCUUUCUUCCCAAUUUCUCAAGUCAUUUGUCCAGGUCAAGUCAACUACCGUAAUGAACACACUUAACACUAACUACUAGUAUAUUAUUAUUAUUAUUAUUAUCACUACUACUACUACUAGAGAAUUAAUAUUUUAUAUGUUCUUCAUAUUGUUGUUUGUUUCCUUAAUUAAUCGUGACAUUUUUUAAUAUGGCUUCCUACUUUAUGUUCAGUUUCAUUUUGUUAUUCUGUUAUUUUCUGCUUCUUCCCUUUGCUGAAGCUGAACUUAAAUACCCCACAGAAUGUGAAGAAUUUUCUUCUCCCGCUGAUCAAUAUGUUGAGGAAAUCUACUUCCCCUACACCACUGUUGAUAACAAGAAAUGUCGCUUUUACAUUACAGCGAAAAAAAUCCACGAACAUCACAAAAUUGAUAGCAUCAAAUAUAUAAACAAUUCAAUUUUCAUCUAUAUCCUGGAUUACUCUGAUUUUGAUUCAGACUCAAUUAAGAAUACCCCAGUGUUCAGCCAUAACACUAGUACCUUCUAUGGAUGCAAUCAUGGCUAUCAUGACAUCCCUAAAAACAUGUCUAGAUAUAGUAUUAACUGUCCUGAUUACGGUAUCUACUUCAUUUCUAAUCCUGAUUAUCCUCCUCCCAUGCCCACUAAUUUUCAAUUUCCAUGUCCACAACACCAUCCCCUUUACUACGGUUGUUCAAAAUUAUUCUCAUUUCUCGAAAUUAAAGUAGAUAAAGAGUCCUGUGAAGGAUGUUGUCUGCUCGAUCAAGAAACUCUAAAUUUAAAUUGUUUCCCAGCUCCGACUCCUCCUUAUUUUGAAUACCCUUCGGAUACUCAAACAACGAGAAAGGAACCAGGUUUGAAGGCUGCGGUAAUAGGUUUAUCUAUUGGAUUGGCAACUACAUUGUUUGUUAUUCUUUUUCUGUGUUAUUGGAGAAUCAAAUCUUCAGAAGUGAAAAACAAAUCAGGAACCAAUCAUCGUGGUCUCUCGAGAAAUACAACAAUCCCGGAAAGUGGAGCUGUCUACUUUGGGAUCCCUGUCUUCUCGUAUGACGAGCUCAAAGAAGCAACAAACAAUUUUGAUCAAGCUAGACAGAUUGGAGAAGGGGGCUUCGGGACUAUUUACUAUGGAAAGCUUGGAGAUGGACGUGAAGUUGCGGUGAAGCGCCUAUUUGAGCGCAACUACAGACCAGUAGAAUCAUUCACGAACGAAAUUCAAAUCCUCACACGAAUGCGUCACAGAAAUCUUGUAUCCCUUUAUGGCUGCACAUCGCGCCACAGUCGUGAGUUGCUGCUAGUAUACGAAUACGUCCCAAAUGACACUGUCAGUAGCCAUCUCCACGGAGAAAAAGCAAAAAACAACCCACCAUUACCAUGGGCAGUGAGAAUAAAAAUAGCCAUAGAAACCGCGGGAGCAUUAACUUAUCUCCAUGCUUCUGAUGUCAUUCACCGAGACGUGAAAACCAACAACAUUCUCCUUGACAACAGUUUUUGUGUUAAGGUUGCAGAUUUUGGUCUUUCGAGACUAUACCCUAACGAUGUCACACACGUCUCUACAGCACCGAGAGGAACACCGGGCUAUGUAGAUCCAGAAUAUCGCUUAUGUUACCAACUAACAGACAAGAGUGAUGUAUAUAGCUUCGGCGUAGUUCUUGUUGAGCUAAUAUCAUCAUUGCCAGCAGUUGAUUUGACAAGGGAUAGAGAUGACAUUAAGUUGGCAAAUCUAGCCGUAAGGAAGAUUCGAAGAAGCGAAUUUCAUGAGUUGGUUGAUCCUUCUCUUGGUAUUCAGACAAAUGAGAGAUUAAAAAAUGUGAUAAUUUCUGUUGCAGAAUUGGCUUUUCAGUGUUUGCAAGAUGAGAAGGAAUUGAGACCCUCUAUGAGUGAAGUAUUGGAAGUGCUGCAGAGAAUUGAAAGUGAGAAGAAUGAAGGAGAGAAUCAUGAGGGGAUUGAUUUUCAUCAUGGAGUAGAAGUAGUACAAAGUUAUGCACAUCCAUCACUUCCAAACACUUGGAUAAAGCCACAACGCCAUCAACAAACACUUUGAUGAAAAGGGUAUUCAGAUUGAUCCAUUCAUCCCAUGAUUCCCAUCCAUCAUAUAUCAGUGACUAGAGCCAGUUAGUUCGUCUUUGAUUUCCAGCAUUUGUAUUUGUUUAUACUCGUUGAGAUAUUCAUAAACUCGGUCAAUUGCAUUGCAUCAUUCGAACAUGCAUUUUCUAUUUCAUCUCAAACCGGUUGAGCUACCCAACAUUGACGAUGAUCUUGUUAUGAUUGUAUUAUAAGAAUAUAUGAAGUUAGGAUUUAAGUAAAUAAAUGUUAAAGUUAAAUAUAUUUUUGGUCCCUAUAAAUAUCUCAAUCGUCUCUCUUAUGGAUGUCUAUAUAAGAAGCUGGAGACUUGAAGAAAGAUUAAGACUAUGAGCAUAUUUGAAACAACCAAAACUCUGUCAAAAUCUUAACACAAUUUGACACUUAGAAUUUCUUAUUAAAGUAGUGUAUAUCCAAAUUAACAAUCUAUUUUUGUAUAAGUUAGAUUGUAGAAGUCUCUCGCAAAAGAAGUCUCUUUCUUGGUGUUUGAGCAUAGGAAGUCUCUUAGUAUGUGUUUGGGCAAAGGGAAGUCUCUUGCUUUGGUGCUUGAACAAUUGUAUGUUAGAAUAUUUUCUAAUAUUAUGUGGGCUGCAAUCAAUUGUGGGUUUUGGUUUUAAUAAAAACGGGUUGAUGUUAUUGUGAUCCAUUUGAUGAUGCUUAAGCCCGAUAAUUGUGAUCAAUAAUAAUGGGCUUGAACACUAAUUCUGAUUUGUGUAGAAACAAAGUGUAGGCCCAACUCUAGAGUCCAUGAUGGGUGGUACUAGGGUUGUUAUCUUAUAAAUAGAUAGGCUAGGUCCCCUUUGCCGUCACGUCAUCAAGCUAGCAAUAAGCUGAACGCUCAUUUGUUGUCUUCCCCAUCAAAGACCUCAAAGACUGGAGCAUGUGAUUAGGCAGAGGAAGACCUUGUCUAGUACAUCGAUGUUUUCGAUAUUGCUGCGCUUCCGGUAACGAUGAUUUGUGAUUAUGAUUAUCAAGUAAGUGUGUUCUAAUUUCAUAUAAUAUGUCGAUCUCUAAAUUAUUAAUUAUUACAUGUGGUAUCAGAGCCUAAUAUUAUAUGAGUUAGAACCCUAAUUUAUUUUCAAUCGUGAAUCAUAGCUAGAUCAUUAAGAAUUUUUUGUUCGGCCAUAAUUUAUUUUGGAUAGCUUUGUUGUGAUAGAUUUUUAAUUCAAGGUCUGGCCAUCGAUUAAGGGUUUAUUUAUUUAUUUUGGAACAGCCAAAUUUUUCCAUGUGAAUUGAAAUUCAUCUGAAUUUUCACACAUAAUAUAUACACGUGAUUGCACUCGGUUCUUCAUUUGAAUAUGGAUUGAGAUAUAUUGGAAUUUUGCAUAUCUCGUUCACCUAACAUGUUUACCUUUGCCUAAGACCAAAUAGUCUGUUGCACUAAAUAGUUUUGAUGUGCAAUUGUUAAACUGAGAGCUUUAAUUUAUUUGUUUUUACAAAUAAAUUGGAAUCCUUAUAUUGAAUUUUGUGGUUAUUAGUUAAUUUUACGAUCCAUAUAAACCACAUAUGCUGCUUUCUAUUGAUAUAUGAUCCACGUAUGUUGUUUAUUUGUUGUUUUGAUAACAAUGAAAUCUGGCCAGUAUGCUAUGGACUUGCGAUGACAUAUAUAAUUUUGUAUUACAUAUUUUGGCCUAUUCACAUAGUUCGGCUUCAUGAGUAUUUAUCUACCCUUUGAUUCUCUCUUGUCGUUCUUAAUCUCCUUUAGAUAAGAAUAAAAGCACAAUCACUGUUUCACGUUGGAUUUUAUUUUGUGAACUUUAAAUCGUGAUUUCUAGAAUGUGAUUUCAUUUUGAACUUUAAUUAAGGGUUUACUUUUCUAAUCCACCCUUUAAUAUGCAUGCUUUUCGAGAACAUUCUAUUGUGCCUGGAGAGGUCAAUUUGAUUUUCCAAAAUCUAUUUGCUUAACACCAUAGUAUGUGUGUUCAGUAUUGACAUGUUGUAAUUUACCAGUAUUGAGGUCAAUUUGAUAAAUACAGUUUCAUCUAUAAUAUUUUAAACUGUAUCUAAGCAUGGAUAUUUUAUUUGGGUUUUGGCCAUUAGCAGGAAAUUACUUUUGUUCAGCUUUUGGUUAAUUUAUUUUUCUUAUGGAAUAAAGUCCAUUGGCAUCCCACUUGUUUUGUCUGACAAUUUCUUAUGGAAUAAAUUUUGAGCUUUUGAAUUAAUUUCCAAUUCAUAUGAACAUCAUAUAUAUGUUUUGAUGAUACUUUAUAGAUUUUGUUAAUGGUUUUCAUUGAAUUGCUGGGUUUAUUCUUGAUAAAUAUCUUAAGGCCACAAAAUAAAUUAACCAUAUAAUUGGAUGAAUCUUGGAGAAUUUGUGUUUGUGCUACUGUGACCAAUUAUUUUACCACUGUCAAUCCUAAUACUGUGGGUUCCUUUUCUCAUCAAUUCAAAGUUUGUUUUCUUUUAAAAAUUAAUUCCCUGAAAAUAGAACAAUGAGAAUUGGGGAUGUACUAUCCUUAAUUUUUUGUGUUGGGGAUAUUGCAAAUUUUGACAUAAUUGACUUAACUUUAUAAGGGCAUAAUUAGUUACGGGAAAUUUUCGUGCAAAUUUUGCAAUUUAGUAUGCAAAAGGAUUGACUGUAAAAUUGAAUUUGUGCGAGUGUGCAGUGUCUCCAAGUUCAGCUGUUAUAUGCUCUACACUAUUCUUUAUCUAGAAAAGCUAAUAAUGGAGUUUAUUUAGAAAUGCUUUAUUGACGUUAUGCAACUCACCAUUGAUAUACUCCACUCUCUUUUGUUCAAUAUAUACAUGUUGUGCUGUCAUUGAUCAUAAGGCACAGAUAUGUUGUGAUUUAUCAUAGUUCCACUAUUCAAUUGUCAUUAAAUAAUUAAAUAAGUAAAACAAAUCUUACUAUUUGUUUUGCGGUUUAUGUUUCAGUUUCAACAAAUUUUAAGUGAUAUCCAAUGGCAAUGUUUAGUCUAUAUGUUUCUUGUUGAUAGCCUUUUGGCUUGAUUUUAUUUUAUAUAUAUGCCAUUCAAUAUCAAUUAGAUAUGAUUGAAUUCAGAAUUGUCUAUGCAAAUAUCAUAUUUGGUCUAGUUCAGAUAAUUUGCAUCAAGUUGAAACAUGUGUGGACUGAUACGUAAUUUUCCACCUUGUUGAAAAUUAUUAAUAUUAAUUUAUCUGAGAAUAUAUUUUAAUUAUCAACAAGAUCUCAAAAUUUUGUGUCCAGUAUUUUGUGGUGAUUACUUACUCUUAUUGUGACACUUUGAUAUAUCCCACUCUACAUGAUCCCACUCAAUUUUUUGUGACACCAAAUAUUUUAAGUUGCCUUAUGUUUUGUGUACAUGCUCACUUUUAAAAUAUUACUCAUAAUAUUGUGAGCGAUUAUUAAGGCAAUUGAAAAUUAAAUUAUCCUUGUAUUGAUUUAUUAUUAGAGUUCUUUUAUUAUUAUAACGUUUUGUUGUUGAUUUAUGAACUGUCUGAGAUGACACCGUCAAAGAGUGGUGCAAGGAUGAAAGACAUCAAUGGUCAUCGACUCUAUUUGCACGGAUGAAAAAGCCACACUAUUGAGGGUUAGUUGUGCAAUUAUUAUUCUCUUGUGACUUAUUAUAAUUGCAUAUAAGGAGAAAUUUAUUUUGAAUAUUGUCUACUCCUUUUGAAAUAAUAAAUGUGCAAUUAUAUAUGAAAUUUUAUUGUUAUUUUCCAGAAUAUUCUAAAAUUAGAAACUCUCUAAUCAUUGAUUGAUUUUUUGUUGUAUACUCCAAUUUUAAAAACUUUACUUUAUUGAGUGGGAGUAUUUUAAGUUUAAUAUUUUGAGAGUUUUAUUCCGGAUAAAAUACAAUUUUAAAAUUUAGUGUGACAUUAUUUGUCAUGUCCAUUGUGUGAUAGAGAAAAUAGUUGAAUAUUUGUUUAAAUAUUUUAACACUUUUGGAUUAGUAAUUCAACUAUAAUUCUCUAUCAAGUGGGAGAGUUUUACAUGUCAACUAUUUAUAAAUGUUUAUAGAGACUUAUAUUGAGGAGUCCUAUGUUAUUUAUAAAAGUUCGGGACUAUUUGUUUUAUAUCCUCAAUAAUAUUCAAAUAAAGUCUCAUAUUAUUCCGCU